UAUUUGUCAAUUUAAUAAUUACAAAAAAUUCGUUGUUAAUGUAAUAAAUUAAUGAUAAUUUAAAAGUAAUUAUUCAAAAUGGUUGAUUUAAUAAUAAAUAAAUAUUUAGAAACACAACUGGCGCUCGCAAAAAAAAAACACAAAUCAAAACAUGAAAUACAUGAUUCGAUAUCUCUAAAAAGCAAAAAAGUUGCAGAACUGAUUUCAAAAAAGCAAAAGAGUUCCCAAGGCAAUGAAGAUGAUUGUGACCAAUUGGAACAAAAGUUAUGUCUACAGGCAAGUACAUCGGUGGCUAAACAUUCCGAUGAAGACAGUGAAUAUGUACCAUCUUGUGAAGAAGAUGAAGAUGUACAUACUUUCAGUACAGCUUCUAGUUCUCGCACUAAGCAAAAUAUUAAAAAAAUUAUAGAUGAUGGUGAUUCAACUUUUUACAACGAACGAAUAGUCAAAUGGCGAAAUAGUAUUAAAUCAUCCAUUGCAGGAAAAUAUGAUGGAGUCUAUAUUUCUGCCGAUAUACAAUAUAUUUUAGAUGGAAAUAAAGAUUAUGACAUAACCCAUGAACUGCAAAAUGGUCUCUGUGUCCCAAACUACAUUUGGAAGCAACUGUAUAAAUAUCAAAGAAUCGGAGUUAAAUGGCUAUGGGAGUUACAUCAGAUUCAGUCUGGAGGAUUGCUUGGGGAUGAGAUGGGUUUAGGUAAAACUGUUCAGAUCAUUGCUUUUAUUGCUGGAUUAUCUAAAACAGAGAGUGGCUUCUGGGGAGGACUUGGUCCUUCAAUCAUUGUGGCACCAGCUACUGUUAUUUAUCAGUGGGUAUCUCAUUUUCAUUACUGGUUUCCACAUCUUAGAAUAGCUGUACUACACCAUUCUGGUUCCCACAGUGGAAAUCACAAUAAACUUAUAAGAGAAAUUCAUUCUUCACAUGGUAUAUUAUUGGUAACAUAUGCAGGAGUGGUUAGAUAUAUAAAAGAUUUAUUGAUGAAAAAAUGGCAUUACAUUAUUUUGGAUGAAGGACAUAAAAUUAGAAAUCCUGACACUCAAGUAAGUAAACUAGUUAAAAAAUUUGAUACACCUCAUAAGUUGUUAAUUACUGGAUCACCCAUGCAAAAUAGUUUGCAAGAAUUAUGGUCUCUUUUUGAUUUUAUGACACCAGGGCUUCUGGGAACUUAUACUGCAUUUAUGGAUCACUUUGCUGUUCCUAUAACACAAGGAGGAUAUGCAAAUGCUACAGAAUACCAAGAAGCAACAGCUUUGGAAAUUGCUAAAGCUCUUAAGGCACUGAUUACACCCUAUAUGUUAAGAAGAACAAAGGCUGAAGUACAGGAACAUAUUCAUUUACCUGAGAAGAAUGAACAAGUUCUUUUCUGUGCUCUUACAAAAGAGCAGAAAGAUUUGUAUAUGGGCUAUCUCAUGACUAGUACGGUGAGAAGCAUUCUUGAUAAAGACUCAAAAUAUGGAGAUCCAUUAAGAGCUAGAGUUUUAGUUGCAUUGUCAACACUGAGGAAGAUAUGUAAUCAUCCUGACCUAUAUCUUUAUGAAGCACAUGAAGAAAAUGAAGAAAUAGAUCAAGAAACAUUUGGUCUCUGGAAAAGAUCUGGUAAAAUGUCUGUUGUGCACUCUCUGUUGAAAAUUUGGUUGAAACAGGGGCACAGGACAUUAAUUUUUUCACAAUCUAGAGCAAUGCUUUGCUUAUUAGAGCAGCAUUUACAGAAUCAUGAUUUCAAAUAUUUAAAAAUGGAUGGCAGUGUUAGUGUAAGUCAGAGGCAAAGUUUAAUUCAAACCUUUAAUGAGAAUGCAGAGUUUUUAGUUUUUCUUGCUACUACAAGAGUUGGUGGCCUCGGGGUAAAUUUGACUGGUGCUGAUAGAGUUAUUAUUUAUGAUCCAGACUGGAAUCCAGCUACUGAUAAUCAAGCAAAAGAAAGAGCUUGGAGAAUUGGUCAACAAAGAAAUGUUACUGUCUAUAGGUUGCUAUCUGCUGGCACUAUUGAAGAAAAAAUAUAUCAAAGACAGAUCUUUAAAAAUUUUCUUAGUAAUAAGAUUUUAAUAGAUCCUAACCAAAAAAAUGUUUUAACAACAAGUACAUUGCAAGGCUUGUUUACGCUUGAAGAUCUGAAUUGUGAAGGAGAUACAGAAACUGCAUCACUUUUUAAACAUACAAAAGUCAGUUUAUCAGAUAAAUUAUCUGAUAAAGGGAAAAGUAAUGUUUACAAAAGCUUAUCAUUUUCUAAACGAAAAUUAGAAGCAAUGAGAAGGAAAGCCAAAGAAAUAAGUAAGAAAAUAAAAAGAGAUUUAGAUAUAACAUCAGCAGGGCAAGAAGAUCCUCGUGAAAAAUAUAAGAAAAAACGAGAAUCACUUCUUAAUCCACCAAAGGUUGAAUUACCAGAAAUUAAUAUUGUUGAUGAUAAAGUUACUGACACUCCAUUUGAAAAUGUUCUUUCUGAAUUAGAUAUAGUAAACAAACAUACAAAAAAAGAUUAUGAAGAAAAUUUGCUUAAAGAAGUUUUAAAUAAUCAAGAUAAAGAUGAAGAAAAAGAAUUUGAAGAAAUGUUGAAUAAUAAAGAUGAAGAAAAGGAACUUAAAGAAGUUUUGAAUAAUCAAGAUAAAAUUGAAGUAAUGAAGUUAACAAUUGAAUCUCAAAAUAUUGAAGAAUCAGUUAUUGCAAGUGCAAGUGAACAGACUUUAGAAUGUGUUAAGAAUAACAACAGCAAAAUAAACAAAUAUAACUCUAGAAAAAGAAGUCACUCAUCAUCAGAUUGUGAAAUCGAAAAUUUGGUAAAAGUAAAAAGAGUUAAAAUCAAAAAACAAAAAAAAUACAAGGAUAAAAAAUGUAGUGAUGAUGAUUAUGUUUUAAGUAAACUUUUUGCUAAAUCAACUGUUAAAAAUGCUUUACAUCAUGAUGUAGUUGUGGGAUUAGCUGAGAAAGAAAAACGACACAAAAUCCAAGCAGAGGCAAUCAAAACAGCCAAAAAAGCUGUAAGAGCUAUAAAAUUUUCUACAAAAUAAACAAUGGUUUAUAUAAUAUUA